CAAAGCCGGUACCAGUUGCCUCCUGCAGAGUAAUUGUCCAUCCUUUGAUGAAAAAUACUCUUAAUUUUCCUUUCCCACGCCAACUACAAAUGUGGCAGAUUUUAGCAGCAGCCUGCUGGAUGCUUCUUCUGGGAUCUACAUAUGGUUGUGAUGAGAACAGAGGGAACGUGAAUCCCGAAGCUAAUAUGAACAUUAGCCAGAUUAUUUCCUAUUGGGGUUAUCCUUAUGAAAAGUAUGAUAUUGUGACAAAAGAUGGCUAUAUCCUUGGAACUUAUAGGAUUCCCUAUGGAAGACGAUGCCUAGAGAAGACAGCUCCAAAGCCUGUUGUAUACUUGCAGCAUGGCUUAGUUGCAUCUGCCAGUGACUGGAUUUGCAACCUACCCAACAGCAGUUUGGCUUUCAUGCUAGCAGAUGACUGUUAUGACGUGUGGAUGGGGAACAGCCGGGGAAACACCUGGUCCAGAAAACACGUGACAUUGUCACCCACCUCGGCAGAAUUCUGGGCCUUCAGCUUGGAUGAGAUGGCUAAAUAUGACCUUCCAGCCACAGUUGAUUUUAUCAUAGAGAAAACCGGACAAGAGCAACUCUACUAUGUGGGCCACUCCCAGGGGACCACCAUAGCUUUCAUAGCAUUCUCUACAAAUCCAGAACUGGCUAAAAGGAUUAAGAUUUUUUUUGCAUUGGCACCAGUUGUCACUGUGAAAUACACUCAGACUCCUUUGAAAAAAAUUUCAAAAUUUUCCAGGGAAGCCAUCAAGGCAUUGUUUGGUGACAAAAUGUUUCACCCUCACACACCGUUUAAGCACUUCGUUGCCACCAAAGUGUGCAGUAAGAAGAUAUUCCAUCAUCUAUGCAGCAGGUUCCUCUUUACCCAUGCUGGAUUUGAUAUGAAAAACUUAAACAUGAGCCGCUUGGACGUUUAUAUGUCAAAGACACCUGCAGGAACUUCUGUUCAGACUAUGCUGCACUGGGGUCAGAUUUUUAAUUCUGAUCGACUCCAAGCCUUUGAUUGGGGAAAUCCUUAUCAAAACAUGGAACACUUCCACCAGGUUACACCUCCUUUGUACAACAUUACUAAGAUGGAAGUUCCAACAGCAAUAUGGAGUGGUGGACAGGAUAUUGUGGCCGAUCCUAGAGACAUGGAAAAUUUGCUCCCUAAAGUUGCCAACCUUUUUUAUUACAAAAUGAUUCCAUACUACAAUCAUAUUGAUUUUUACCUGGGACAGGAUGCAUGCCAGGAAAUUUACCCAGACCUAGUUAGACUGAUGAAAGAGUGUUUAUAA